AUGUCGCGCGUGUGCGACCGGCUGGUGGACGUGUUCUGGGUGGAGAAGCCCGACCCCGCGCAGUGGCGCCUGCUGCUCGCCUUCAGCGCCGAGUGGGCGCGCAUCCGCCCGCACUUCUUUGCGCGCGCCAAGCUGCGCGCGCGCGAGUUCGAGGAGCAGGGCAAGCCCGACAAGGCCGCGGAACUGUACCGCCUGGCACGCAGGCUCAAAGAGGUGGACGACUCAAUGACGGCACACAACGAGCUCUUCUCAUUGGUGGAGGAGCACGAGGCGGAGGGCGCGCUGGAAGGGCUGGUGGCGAGGCGGCGGAGGGACUUCACGGGGGAGUUCUUUGAGCACCUGCAGAUCCUGUGCCUGACCCACCAUGAUAACCCUCAGCGGCAGGACGAGAUCGCAUCCCUGGCAGCCAAGUGUGUGACAGCGGUGGACAUUCACGAUAAGGUGGAGGCGGAUGAGGUGGCGGUGGAGGCGGCUCAAGCCAAGUUUGACGACAUCAUGGGUAGCGCCAGCCUGGCAGAGGCGUGUGGGAAGAUCGACCAGCUGGCGGCGCGGCAGCAGCUGGACUCGACGCUCAUGCUCAUGAUCACCAAGGCAUGGGCUGCUGCCAAGGAGAGCAACAUGAUGAAGGAUGAGGUGAAGGACAUCAUGUACCAUCUGUACAAGCAGGCGCAGAUCAACAUGCGCAUGCUCGUGCCCAAGGAGGUGCGCAUCCUGCGCCACGUACUCGCUAUAGACGACCCCCGCCAGCAGCUCACAGAGCUCACCAACGCCUUCUCGCCCGGUGGAGAACUGGAAGUGCAGAAUGCCUCAGAAGACAUGCUCUACACAACACCGGAGAAGCUCUUGGAGGUGAUAGAGCAGGUGCUGGAUGCGUACUAUGCGCAGCGCAGGCAGCAGAGCUCGCUGAUUGACGAGGCCAAGAAGCUCAUGAACCCAGCGGUGAUUGCCAGAAUGGAGGUGCUGAAAGACAUGAUAGUCGAUCAGUUUAUGUAG